AUAUAAUGUUAUUUAGAUAAUACAUAAAAAUAGUUUUUAUUUUAUUUAAACAUAUCUCACAAAUUAUGUUGUAGAUCGUUUUGGAUUCUUAUAUUUGUUCUUAUGAUAUCAAUUACAUUUAAAAGCCUAAACAUUUUAGCGAACGUUUGGAUUAAUAAUCCAACAAUUAUGUUUACUGAAAAUACAGAAUCGGCAAUUCAAGAAAUACCUUUUCCGUCGAUCACAAUUUGUCCAUCAAGUCAAAUUCGAAGAUCUGUUUGGGAAAAAUAUAUGAACACAAACAGCUCGUAUUGGGAUAAUCUUAAAAUAUAUAGGAAUGUAAUGGCAUGUUCUACAAAUACGUAUUUUCAUAGUUUGGAUCAAAGCUUAAAAGAAUAUAUUGACUAUGGUCUGAUAAAGGAAUUGAUGCAUGAUUGUGGGAUUAGCUGCUCAGAAUUAUUUCAUUAUGAUACUAAAUGGCAGAAUAUAACAUUAAAAAAUAUUUGUCAGCAUUUUCAACCAACAGUACUUGGCAUAUUUGGAUUAUGUUUUACAAUUAAUAUGAUUCCUUUAAGUCAAAUGUUUAACGAAGAAUAUUAUCAGAGAUAUAUGGAAUUCUUUUCAACAAAAAUUACGUACGUCAAUACUGAAAAGACGUAUUGGAACUUAGAAGAUGGUUACUCAUCUUAUAUGAACCAACCAGUUCUCGUUAACGUGAUUCCUGCUCGAACAAGUGGUGUUAGUUAUAACCAUCGUUUAAGAUUAAUGCUACAGUCUUCGGAUGACGAUUUUUUGAGUUGUGCAGACCUGGGAAUUGAAGGUGGUAGUUUUCUGAUUACGUUUUCUAAUCCGGCUGAAUAUUGUUCGGUCAGUCCUAGAGCAUACAUUAUACCAGACACAUACACAAAAAUACAAAUAACUCCGUUCGUGAGAAAAAUUAAUUCGGAUUUAAAGUGGCGUUCACUGGAAAUCAGACAAUGUUAUUUGGAAGACGAAAGAAAGUUAUCCAUUUUUCAACAAUACACCGAGUUAAAUUGUAACCACGAAUGUGAAAUAAACAAAACUAUAUCCAUGUGUGGCUGCUUAAUGAUCGAGGCAGCUUUUAAUUAUUGGACGAAUAGCUUAAAGAUAUGUGGACCUGCCAAAUACAGUUGUGCACUGGAUGCUAUACAUUCAACAAAGCUCCCGGAAAAUCGGUUAGUGUGUAAUUGUUUGCCAACGUGCUCCAUGAUCGAAUAUGAAGUAACAGAUACAUCUCAUUUUGAUGAUUGGAAUUAUAUGAAAUCAAUAAAUUUAGUACAAAAUAAUUCUAGAGGUGCAACGAUUGAGUUAGUUUUCAAAAAACCUUAUUUUACAGCAUAUACAUCGGCUUCGAUUUUAAACCUAAAAUCUCUAAUAAGUAACGUUGGCGGAUUAUUAGGUCUGUUUUUGGGAAUGAAUCUAACUAAUAUUUUUGAAAUUAUAUAUAUUUUAAUAAAAAUGUGCAAUAAUUUUAUUAUCACUUUGUUUCUUACAAAAUAAUGUAUAGCUACAGAAUUAUGUAGGUACAUUGUUUGUAUAUUAUACUAGAAUAAGAUCACAUGUUAUAUCUGUGUAAAAUAUUUAUAGUAGCAAUGCCUAUCGCGGUAAGCAAUAAAUAUCCACUCUUCUAUCCUAUAUUGAGCCAAUAGAUUAGUUUUUAUUUCCCUUUGCCUAUAGUAAUAUUUUUAGUAUAAUGCUUGUCGAUUAGUUAGUAUUUAAUAAAAUUUACAUUUGUUUUUAAUUUGUAAACAAAUAUGAAGUUAU